AUGUCUUCCGACGAAGAACGCCAGAAGGCUCUCGACUCUUACCGGGGCAAGCUGCUCGAAUCGCGGGAGUGGGAGGCUAAGCUCAAGGCUCUCCGCCUCGAGAUCAAGGACUUGCAGAGGGAGUACGACCGCACCGAGGAUAACAUCAAGGCGCUGCAGAGCGUGGGUCAGAUUAUCGGCGAGGUUCUGAAGCAGCUCGAUGACGAAAGAUUUAUCGUAAAGGCAUCCUCAGGUCCCAGAUAUGUCGUCGGAUGCAGGUCAAAGGUCGACAAGGCCAGGCUCAAGCAGGGAACUCGCGUUGCCCUCGAUAUGACGACACUCACCAUCAUGCGAAUGCUUCCCCGCGAAGUCGAUCCCCUCGUCUACAACAUGUCGCUGGAGGACCCCGGUCAGGUCAGCUUUGCUGGUAUUGGAGGACUCAACGACCAGAUUCGCGAGCUGCGAGAGGUCAUUGAGCUCCCGCUCAAGAACCCCGAGCUGUUCCUGCGCGUGGGCAUCAAGCCGCCCAAGGGUGUCCUGCUCUACGGACCUCCUGGUACAGGAAAGACGUUGCUGGCUCGUGCUGUGGCCAGCAGUUUGGAGACCAACUUUUUGAAGGUCGUCUCGUCAGCUAUUGUCGACAAGUACAUCGGAGAGUCGGCCCGUCUGAUCCGUGAGAUGUUCGGAUAUGCCAAGGAGCACGAGCCCUGCAUCAUCUUCAUGGACGAAAUCGACGCCAUCGGUGGACGCAGAUUCUCCGAGGGGACCAGUGCCGAUCGUGAGAUCCAAAGAACGCUCAUGGAGCUGCUCAACCAGCUUGACGGUUUCGACUACCUCGGCAAGACCAAGAUCAUUAUGGCGACAAACAGACCCGAUACCCUCGAUCCCGCCCUUCUCCGUGCCGGACGUCUAGACCGCAAGAUCGAGAUCGCCCUGCCCAAUGAGGUGGGCCGUUUGGAGAUUCUCAAGAUCCACGCCUCUGGCGUCGUGACGGAGGGCGAGAUCGACUUUGAGAGCGUGGUGAAGAUGAGCGACGGUCUCAACGGUGCGGAUUUGAGAAACGUGGUCACCGAGGCCGGUCUCUUUGCCAUCAAGGAUUACAGGGACGCAAUCAACCAGGACGACUUCAACAAGGCGGUGCGCAAGGUUGCCGAGUCCAAGAAGCUGGAGGGCAAGCUGGAAUACCAGAAGCUGUAA